AUGGCCGCGGAGGACCUGUCGGAGGGCGGCAUGGCCGACAUCAUCCAGGCCCUGCAAGUCAUCCACAACCCUGCAUCAUCAAACGAUAUUCGACAAAAUGCCUCUCGGUUCGUGGAAGAACUGAAGGAGACCGAGGGUGCUGCGCGCAAUGGCUUCCUUCUCGCAUCGCGCUUGGAGCAUGAGCCCGUGGUCCGUUACUUCGGCCUCACGCUACUGGACCAUGUGCUGCGCAAACUCUCCUUUUCCUCCCCGGAGGAGGCUACCAGCAUUCGAUCAAUGGUCCUACAACUCGCCGAGAACGUCCGACACGAAGACCCGCCCUAUUACCGAAACAAAAUCCCUCAGCUAUGGUCCGAGGCCGCGAAAAAGAGUUGGGGGCUGGAUUGGAACGAUAUGGACGCUACGCUGGUUCAGUUCUGGGGUGCGUCUCUUGUGCACAAAGAACUGGUGUUGGCCGUGCUUGAAACCCUGUCCGAGGACAUUUUCUUCCGCGAAGAUGUCGUUUCGGCUAUCCGAGGCAGCGAGCUCAACCGGGCGCUUAUUGAGAUAUUUACACCCGGCAGCAUUCUGGAAGCAAUCACCUCGGAGAAGAACAGCACUGCGGCCCUACGUUGCGGUUCGGAAGGUUGGUUGGUUCGGGUGAGUAUGUUCCUCAACGAAUGUAUUGAAAACAUCUCCGCCUCCGAGCAAGCUCGAGACGCAGCUUUGAAAGCCCUGGCAACACUGAAAUCCGCUCUCUCGUGGUCCGUAUACCCUGCUGUCAUUGCUUCCACGACUAUUCUCAGCAUCUUCAGAGCUUUGUCUUGUCAAGAUGAGCAAGUGCUUCUGGCUGCGAUUGAGGCCCUUCAUGCACUGUACGGCAGGAAUACCAUUGGCUGCGAAGAGUCUCACGAUCUUGUCUGUUUGAUAUUUGAACAGGACUAUCUCGUUGCCCUGCAGAGGCUCUAUGAGUGGUCAAUCGUGGGCCCGGAUGACAUUGAUGAUCCCAGGUAUCUGGUCUCCAAGAAGGUCUCCGAGAUGGUCUCCUACAUUGCUGGGUGUUUGGACGAUGAGAAGUUCUUGCGGGAUACUAUGGACCGUUUGGACCUACCGCCAUUCUUGCAUUUCAUGAUAACCAUCAUGCAACACCAAAGCUUGACCGUUUCCAUUCCCUGUUUACAUCUAUGGUCCAAAUUAUUGCAGAUCUCAAAGAUUCACAAAAUGGACUUUGUCGCACAACAAACCCCCCAGUUCCUCAAUAUCUGCACAGAGCGGCUACUCCGAUGGGAGUCUCUCUCCACCGAUUCCGAAGAUCCGACAGUGCAGUUUUUGUUUGAGGACAUUGAUACAGCCCCCGAACGACACGCCUUUGUCGGCAACUACCGUCGAUACUGCUCCUCAAUUAUAGAAACCAUUACUUUGAAGAGACCUCAGGAAGCAGUUCGCGAAAUUCUUGCCCGAGUGGACAGCAACUUGGACAACCUGUACAACGGAGUCCCACCCUUCAGCAUGGGGACAUUCAGCAAAUCAUCAAUUCCGUUGAUGCGGGCGGACUCUCAAUUUGCAGUCGUUGAGGCUGUCAUUAAGGGUUAUAACAAAUGGAUUUCGGCACACGGGAAAGCACCGCAAAAUGAUGAAUCCAAGCGAAUCGAAUUGGAACAAGCCGUUGAAAGUUGGGGUUCAACCUUGAUGGCAAGAACCUACGAGGAUCCGGUCAUAAAGCAAAGAGUGAUCAAAUUAAUUGUCGACAUUUCCUCGAGGGCCUUGGACAAAAACCCAGGAUUCGCGCUCAAGGUCCUAGAGCACAUUCUCAUGACGCGCCUACCAGAUCAUCCUGAAUAUCCCAUGUAUUCCGAGGCCGUCAAAGAGCUACAUGGGCUUGCUAGUCACGAGCUUCGCCGCCUGGCCAUGCGCUAUGCCGACAACUUCUCUUCUUUCUACCAUGUUAUUGAGCCAAAAAUCAAGGAAAUCACUAUGACCAACAGCGUCGACGACAAAUUGCAGAUGGAGCUUACUUCCGUUCUACUAAUCAUCACACAACGUGCGAUUAAGAUUGAUCCAGCUCUCCAAAAAAGCCGUUUGGAAUCCUUCCUGGAACCCGUCAAGAUUGCUUGGCAAGAUGAACAAUUCCGUCAAAGUAGCUCUACUUUCCAAGGGUUCUGCGAGAUGCUCGGGUUGGAAACCGUUGGUCAAUACAUGCAGGCCAAACAAGCCCAGAAAAUGCCAGACUGGACUGAGAUUGAAUUGGAUCACCAAGGGAAGCUCGUUCAAGAAGAAAUGACUCGAAAGUUCCAGCUCUUGCCGCUACGUGGCACAAAAACGAUGCUGGCCGUUUCCACAGAUCGACUCAACAAGGACACGCAAGCCUAUGGAAUCGCCCAGGAGAUCUGGUGCGACACCACCAGGAUGAUCCUUCCAACUUUGCUACACCUCGUCCGCCACGCCCAUGCCUUCCACAAUCCCGCAAAUUGGAACAUGAUGGACGGCAUGCAACCGGUCGUGGAGCGGAUAUUGACAGACCGAUUCUGGCAGGCCGGCAUUUCGACCGGCACUCGUGACGAGUUCUAUGCCAAAAUUACUUCGUCAAAGUCCACCCUCGAAGGAUUUUCUUCGUCAGUUCGCGGGAAAAUCAGAGCUGUCCGCGAGGCAUGCUAUUCCAUGUUGUUCAGCAUGAGCCGACUGGGUUUUAUCUUCUAUGGAUUCGAAGAACUUCCAGGACCCCUCGCCGAAGCAUUGUUUGUUGACUCACCCCAUCUCUCCUCUCACCAGUUCUCAGUUCUUCUCAACAUCUCGCGCUGUUUGAUCGACGACUGUCCGGUGCAAUUCCGUGCCCACUUCUUGCCGCCGAUGCUCUCGACUCUCUUCACCAACAUCGACCGCAAGAUUACGACAGAAUGGGAAUUCAUUGAGCAACGUCGGGACAGCGGCCCAGAUGGAGAUCUCACUACCGAGAUGAAGUCUGAAAGUGUCCUUCGACAGUUGACUUAUUCUGCUGUGAUCAUGGUUGCCAGCCUAUUCGAUCCGCAGAGAGGCGGUAAAACCUCCCGACCCCAAAAAACAUCCGAUACUUGCCUACAGUGGAAGCUAACAGCCAUCAAACGGAAUAAAGACCCAGACAGAACUGAAUCAGACCCAAGCGCAACUCAACCAACCCCAGCACUCUCUGAUUCCAUCCGCCACUUUGUGUUAUCCUCUCCCCAGAUCUUUGAGCCCCUCAUGCUCUUCUGCACCCACGCUCUUCGUAUGCGUGAUACCCGUUGUUGCAGUAUUAUCACACGCGUUAUCCGUUCGAUUCUACAGGACUUCGCGCCUAAUCCCGCCACCGAAGACACCCAAACCAUCCGCACAAUUCGCGAGUUCAUCUGUUCCGAUGUUUUGAAAGCAUGCAUAACUUCUGUACAUGAAUCUUAUUUCGUCGACAUGCAAAAAGACUUUGCCCAGUUGAUUGCAUCUAUUUGGAUUCUCUACGGCGACUGCAGCCCAACCCCCAACGCCAUUUUCCUGAGCUUGCCCGGUAUCACCCCGGACAAGAUUGCCCGUACCGAAGGCCAUCUCCGCCGAUGCACUUCUCCACGACAGCAAAGGGCGUGGGUCCUUGAUUUCUUGGAAUCAGUGCGCGGUGUCAGUGUCUCUGCUCAAGGCAUGUUCCUUGGCUCUCGCGAGGACCGCCGCAAAGCACGCUCGGCAUUGCAAGAGCGAUACAUGACCACUGAUAUGGAUGGUCAGGAUCAGAGCCACCGCGUCGAUAUCAAUGACGGCCCUGAUCUUGGUGGUGUUGCUGAUCUUUUUGGUUGA